AUGACCAUGGAUAAAAGUGAACUGGUACAGAAAGCCAAGCUCGCCGAGCAGGCCGAGCGCUACGAUGACAUGGCUGCGGCCAUGAAGGCGGUCACGGAGCAGGGGCAUGAGCUUUCCAACGAGGAGAGAAACCUGCUGUCGGUCGCCUACAAGAAUGUGGUCGGUGCCCGCCGUUCGUCCUGGCGUGUCAUCUCCAGCAUCGAACAGAAAACUGAGCGGAACGAGAAGAAGCAGCAGAUGGGCAAAGAGUACCGCGAGAAGAUCGAGGCCGAGCUGCAGGACAUCUGCAACGACGUGCUGGAGCUGUUGGAUAAAUACCUUAUUCCCAAUGCUACACAGCCAGAAAGUAAGGUGUUCUACUUGAAAAUGAAAGGCGAUUAUUUUAGAUAUCUUUCUGAGGUGGCAUCUGGAGACAAUAAACAAACCACUGGGCGGAGCGGCUGUAGCCUGUGA